CAUGAGUCCUCAACCUUCUAGAAGAAACAAUUACCAGUCAUAAAUGAAUAAUUACCUAAUUUAUAAAAUUUCAUUUUAUCAUAGGUAAUCCUUUAUGGUAUUGUUCUUUAAAUCAGUCAAAUCCCACUGAUCAGGCAGACGCUUCCUAAGAACUCAUCUCUUCGUCGCACCCGAUCUAUGGCGGGGCGCCAUACAAUUUGAUAUGCGUUCGGGUUGUCCAUCCAGCGCACAACUUUGAUACCGCGCUCUACGCAAUAUCUAGACGUGUAUCUGUCAUGGCAUCGUCUCCCUCCAGAACAAACCAGGUAGAUCCUGAUAGGGCUAAGAUGUGGAAAAACGACUCUAUCGAGGAACGCAUCUUCUCAGCAUCUUUGAUAUGCCUUGAAGGUCACUACAACCAGUCCCCUGUGAUGGGACCUCACUCUAUAGCCAAAGUAACUAGCAUCGUCUCCAAAACCUUGGAAAAGACGCACACUUUCAAGGAUGUGAGAGAGAUCUUAUCGAGAAACGUGAGAGUAUGGAUAUGGUUACGUCGUGCUGUAAGCGCCGCGAUAUGUGAUCUCAACGAGAAAUCUCUUGGCGUACGAUCGGAACCAUUUGUCCAGACUAGGUUUCUCGACAUCACUACUCCCGAGGUCACCGCACUCAUUAUUAAGAAUUACGUACCCCUGAAGGAAGCUUUGCAGAUGUUGAACAAGCUUAUGAACAUUGCCCGCAAUUUACUCGUUACCACCGAUCCUGAGGUUCCGCAAGAUUUAUCUGCGGCUAUUCACUUCGACCAUGAAGUAUACGAGUCGAUAUGUCUUUGCGUCAACGUGACUAGCAAGGGAAUCGACGGAGAGAUGCCAGAGGAUGAGGCUUCUAGAGCAAAGCUGAAUGAAAUCACAGAACUCUGUAAAAAGGUCCUUGUUACGUCUCUGCAGCAGGCUCAUAACUGGAUCGCCAAGAACGACCGUAAUAAGAUGUUAUUUUGGUAUAAGGUGUUGAUAGAAUCACCAGAUGCCGAUAGCAAUCCGGGUCCAGAGGAUCGACACGAAUCCGUUCUAGACUAUCCAGCGCCCAGAAGUAUUCAUCUUCGAGAUGAAAUAUCCAAUUGGCUUAAGAGAUCAUCACGGAUGUGCAGCGCCGCGGUUAGUAUAUGCAAGGAAUUCUUCGACGCUCAGAGUGCUGAGAAGAAGGACCAAUGGCUGCCCCACGACGAGAACCUCCUCGCUUGGAAUUACACCCCACCUGAAACGUGGGCUUGGCAGCCGGAUGAUUAUGACGACGCGGCUGAGGUGAUCUCAAAAUGGGAUCCCGAGCAGACUAACAAGUUCGAGCAAGAUAAGGCAUACGGCCGUGUAUCUCACGAACUCGACAAAUGGUGGUGUGGCGCACGCAUACCAAACUCGAACGACUGGAGUUUGACAAUGUAUUCGAGCAUCGACUCUGUUCCUCAGCGCAUUAAGGAAUGUGAGGCAAACCUCAUGCAACGAUAUGCUGCGGCCGAGCCCCAAGAGGAGCCGAGCGAUAUAAUUGAACACCCAUCAGAUGAUGGAAAUAGCCCAGAAUGGCAAACCCAAACGCCUCAGGCCAAUCAGAAUUUUGCCCCGGAAUAUGACGAGUAUGAAGAAGAGGCCGACGACGACGAUUCAUAUGGAGAGGGCCCGAUGACCGGACUUCUUACCGAGGUGCCAAAUAUCCUUGAUCCUAAGCAGAUCGAGGCGCUUCACAUGAUUGUUAAGUCGUGCAUAUUAGAUUCGGCGGGUUCUGGCUUGACGCGAUUCGGCGAGAACCUGCAGCAGACCCGAUGCCGUAUUUUCCUCGCUACUGAUUGCGGCAGAAAUCUUUUGAGAGAAAUGCUUGUUUUUAUCGCCGUAUGGGAAAAGGACGAACAGUCACUUAUAUUUCAAAUUAGCAGUCAGAUUGUGCAGGCGAUUCACGAGAACUCUUUAAUCCCCUAUGCAUGGAUGGCUCUUCGAAGCCCCAAAGACAUCAUAUCGCCGGCACAGACAGUCCUGCUCCGGCUUAUCACCUUUUUAUUCCGCACGGCGCUUGCGCCGCCUAAAGAUUAUAACCCCUUUCCCGACCCUAAGACGACAAGUAUCGAGAAAAUCCUAGCGAAUGAGGACGUUCGUCUAGGGAAGAUGUUAAACUAUUUAUACGGUCUCUUCCGAAGCCGUAUUGUGCCGGAGUGUGUCGCCUUGAUGCAGAUCCAGGGCGAGGUCCGUAAAGGCCGACUAGAUCCUGCAGAUUUUCCGGUCGAUAAUUGGGACCUGGAGCGGGCUAAGGACGGCUUGGUCCAAUAUCUCGACUUUCUUUAUACCGUUGCAGACAUAUUUCCCCUCCGUCAACACCUCAUCGAUUACGAGGCCGUAUAUGAACUCCUUAGACUACUAGAAGGUCUCGAUGUCGGAGUAGAGAAGGCUCCCUUCCCUGGAACCCGACGAAAUGAACCUCCCACUACACCCUCCACCACAACUUCGACGCCACAAGCAUCAUCAUCCAAUAACCCACCUCCACCCCCACCUCCGCCUCCACCGAUCUCCGAUCCACCCCACGAGUUCCCAUGGUCCGGCAUCAAAGGCCAGGUCCUUUCCAUCCUCGCAGCCCUCCUACAACCACCCCCCGGCCAGUCCUCGCCCGGAAACCCGACGGUGCAGCUGCAGAUCCUCCAACAUAACGGGAUCGUGGCGCUGCUGAACUGCUGCUUGUACGACGACAAUAAUAGGUUCUGUCGCGAGCGUACGCAGCUCUGCCUGAAAUGGCUCAUGGACGGGUGUCCGGACGCGUCGGCGUUCCUGCAGAACCUCGUCAGCGCCAACCAGCAGCCGGUUAACAACCGGCCGGCCCCCGGCACGACGCAGAGCAUCCGCGUCGACGGCGUGCCAGGCGAGGUUAGGGUCCAGGUGCGCAGCUCCAGCGCCCCCGUCGCUGGUGAGAUUGGUGAGGUGGUGGUCGGCGGCGGCGGCGCGGACGCGGCGAGCGCGAGCUUGAGGAGUCGGCUUGAGGAGAAUAAGAGUCGGAGCGAGGAAUUGGUGAAUGAUCUGCUGGCGCUGACGGUCGUGGAUGAGAAUGGUAAGAUGACGAUUGCGCCGGAUGAGGAUGAGACGGAGGAUGAUGAUUUCAUAUAAUCAGGCAGUCUGGGUUGGGGGAUAGUAUGGGAUGGAUUUGUCGGGAGAGUACAUUAGGACUUUAGGAAAAGGGGUAGGGUGGAUGGCUACGAAUGGAUGAAUGACAAUAGGGAAGGUCGCUUGCAUUGUAUGGACUUCAGGUGCCUACUGGGUAUGUUGCAUAGGGCCUGUGUAGGAGUUUAGGUAGACGGAACGAUGGUUCCUUAGGUAUAGAUUGUGAAUACACAAUCUGAUAACAGGCAAAAGCCUAGUCCAAUUGA